UAAGGAUUGGUAGUAAACGGCAGUAGAUAUGAAGACGGUCUUUGUUACCGUCGGAACUACGCGCUUUGAUGAGCUGAUAGAGAGCGUCACUUCCCCUGAAGUAACACAGAUACUGAAGGCUCGGGGGUAUGAGCGUCUGGUUCUGCAAGUCGGAAGAGGAACUUUUGUUCCAGAUGCUGACAGCUGUGCUCACCUCAGUGUGGAGGCGUUUCGCUUCAAGGACUCCAUAGCGGAAGACAUGAGACAGGCUGAUCUGAUCAUCAGCCAUGCUGGGGCAGGAAGUUGUCUGGAGGCUCUCGGUGCUGGAAAACCUCUGCUGGUUGUAGUCAAUGACAAACUGAUGGACAACCACCAGCUGGAGCUGGCCAGGCAGCUGCACAUGGACCACCACCUGCUGUAUUGUACCUGCAGCACACUGAUAGAGACUCUGAAGAACAUGGACCUCUCAGUUCUGCAGCCAUUCCCACCUGGACAGCCGAAGAACUUUGCUGACUUUUUAGACAAAGCACUCGGGGUGAAAUGACUUCUCAAAACUGUUGGUUAUGUUGCACAGAACAGGGCUGAUUCUUUAUUUUCAAAGAUUAUGACUUUGUGAACAACUUAAACUGGAUGUUUAUUUAUUCUAAUCAAGAAAAUUUGGGGUUUUGGUAAUCAAAUAUUUAUAUCAAAUAUCUUUAAAUAGAACCUUUAGAGCUCUGAUUGUAGACAGAAUGAGGACUAAUAAGUCAGUACCUGUAAGGGGACCAAUCUUAUAGACUCCGGUUCACUCAUUCUGUCAUUGAGUUUGACUGCUACAGCUGAUUUGGAAAUAAAGAAGGUCACAUCUAACGAUAACACUCAGUUGUAGACUAAAUAACGUCUGGCAUCCUUUUUGUUAGGCCUUUAUUGCUCGAUGGUCAACUGACAAGAUUUGUUCUUCUGGAGAGUUUAAUCUGAAUAUAAAUAUAAAUCAAAGACCUCACAAAACAAGUUUUCUCAGAGCAGAUGUCUGAUCUGGUUUAUCUUCGGUUGUUUGUCGAGUCUUUUGCGUUCAUUUCUUUUAUUUGAAACUCUUAACUGCUCUCCUGUACCUAUAAACGUUAUCAUGGGGUGAGUCUAAUACCCAAAAUGUAAUUCGAGUCGUCUGGGUUAGAUCGUGUAUAUUUUUCAGAGCAGAAAAAAAUAUUAGAAAUAUGCGGAAACUUAAAGAGAUAUAUAUUUUUGAUGCAGAAAAAUCUCUACCUCCGCACAUUGAUCCUGGUACAUAAGUGCACUUAGCUUAAUCUCAGUAUAAAAGCAGCUCUGAUAAGGAUGUGAUAACCCUGGAUGGGAUUAUAAGAAUCUAUAACUGAACUAUUAUUUCUUAUGCACUCUGCAAACCUAGCAUUCAGAGUGGUGAAAAUAAAGCCAUAUGGAGUCUUCUCUGCAGUUUAUUGCAAUGCAGUGGACAAAACAUACUUGGAAGAAGGUGUUUUGGUCAGAAGAGCCCAAAAUGAUGUAACUUCUGGCCUACAAGUUAAAUUAAUCACUGCUGCACAUCACCUUAAAAAAAGCACAAAAAAAUCCCCCAUCCCAUCCACAGUGGCGUCAGUAUCAUAUUUUAGUUUUUUUUGUUUGUUUCCCUUCAGCAGAGUCAGAGAAGUUGAUCACAGCGGCUGGGAAAAGUUAAAAAAGAAGUGUUAAAGACAGCUAAAGAGAUUAUCCUUCCUGCAGGAAAAUGACCUCAAACAUUAAGCUGUAGCUCUGAUUUUAAGUCUAAAUAUCAGUUUAGAAAAAUUCUGAGUGAUCCAUCCAAGCCACUUAAAAUGAAUUUUGUGUUUUAUAAUAUGAAAAAGUUAGCUGCAUUGUUUUAAAGGGCAUGUUUACUUGCCAAAGGGCUUAGUGGGUGUUUAAAUGCAAAACCUUGUGGGCUGAUUAUCACGUUCCUCUCAGAACAACACAAUCCUCCAGUUAACAACAGAUAGUGCAGCUCAGGGGAUUUCAUCUAAAAUUAUUUUGUUUUUAUUAUAAUUUCCAGAUACAGAAAGUAGAAAAAGUACUUAAUGAUAGUUCCCAAACUUGGAUAAGAAGCUCAUACUAAGUUAACUUCUAUCGGGUCGGUGUUGAAACACAGCUGACUGAAAAGCUGCACGUACCAGAGCUUGCCCCUUCGACCUAAAAACAGUGAAAACCACAACAGGAAACAUUUUUGUCUGCUUUGCUUUAGAGAAGUCAGAGGCAGAAGCAUUGAGGGAAAAUGUUUAUGCAGUUAUUUCUCAUCCUAAAACACAUUUUUAAGACAUUCAUAAUUUCUAAGAGAGCAGCUAUAAAACCUGCUUCAGGUGUUUUUAAGAAUGCCCAUUAACAAACCUGUCCAGACGGAUAAACAGGAGGAGCACCGGCAGGUUUCCCUAACAGGAAACUCCCUUCUGUGCUGUUGCCUGCUGAAUUUCAGAAGAACAGGAAUUUUUUGUAAUUUUAUGACACACUACUUUCUCCAGUUCCUUUCUUCAGAAAGACGUGUUGCAGUUUACAGAAAUCAGCUAUAUGGUUAUGAGAAGGACGACACUGAAACAUCUCUUAACAUGUUAAUUCUCAUUUAAAUCAGGGACAAAUACAGAAUGCAGUUCAUAAAGGAUAGAGAAAUAACUCAUUGAUAAGGUUUUUUCUUUCUUGAGCCCAAUUUACAUUUUAACAUGUGAACCACCGAAUGUCAUUAUG